AUACUAAAAUCGCGUCUAAUCUUUGCUCUUCAAUAUGUCACGGCGGUGAAGACGGUUUGACAAUGAAGUAUUAUUUUAACGGUCAUUCUAAUUAUUUUAUUUAUUUUUAAAAAAUAUAUGUGAAAUGGCAAGAUCUAAGAAGGCUCCUGAAAAAUCAAACAGCACCGCACCGCAUAAUUCAAUAGUUCGAAAAAGACGCCGUAAAAAUGCAUGGUUAAGAGAAAUAAAAAAAUUACAAAGAUCCACGAAAUUGCUUAUUCCGAAGGCCGCUUUCUGCAGAGUUGUUAAAGAAACACUACAAAUAUUAGGAGCAAAUGACAUAAGAUUUUCAGUAACAGCUAUUGAGGCUUUACAUGAAUCUGUUGAAAUCUAUAUGACACAAUUCUUCGAAGACUCUUUUUUAUGCACUGCUCACCGAAGCAGAGUUACUUUGAUGCCCAUUGACAUGCAAUUGUGCAGACGUCUUCGAGGAUUAGGAGAUGUUAUAAAUUAGUUUUAAGAAAUGAGAGAUGCUAUUUUUAACAAUUUGUAUAUGUUAUUAUUAAUUUUAUACUUCUUGGUUCCAUCGAAGAGUUAAACUGUAACUUUUAUAAAAGUGUAUUAAAUAAAAUCAAACUUGUUU